UUGUCGCGGUAGUCGGUUUGUAAACAAUAGAAGCACUAAGCUUCCCACGGCAGGGGAGUUUGGCUGUUAUUUUUAUCUCAUUCGUCACACAAAAUGUCGACAGGGCAGGACUCGAGAGGCAGUAUGGGCCACGGAGGGUUCCACCGCUGGGUGAAACUGUCGACAGAUGACUUACCACUAAUAAGACCUCCAAGACAUCACAUGCUUGCUCACAUAACUGGAGGUUUAAGUAAUCUUUAUGAGGAAGUAAAGCAAACUAAGAAAGAAGGUAUAGAUGAGGUAAUAAUACCAUACCACGAUAGUGAAAAAUAUAAAGAAGAUUCCAAAGUAGACGAAGAGGAAGCCGCUGCCGCAGAAACUAAGAACGGACAUGCAGAAGAUGAAGAAUGUGCAGAAAAUGCAGAAAAUGAAGAAACUGAGAAAGUAACACCAGAAGAAAGUGCAAAAGAAGAAGACAAUAGUUUAGUAGAUAAUUCUAAGAAAGAUGAUAGUGGUGAAGGAGAGAAUGCAGAAGAUAAAAAGGAAGAAAGUAGCCAAAAUGAAAAGAAAGAUGAUGAGGGAGGAGGGGCUCCUAUAAAGGAAGCUGAAGAGGAGGAAGAAGAAGGUAAGGAAAAUGUUUCCAGAAGUGAAGAGGAUGACUUAGAUAAUGAAGAAGAAGAAGAAGAGACCACCCCAUACACAGAUGAAGAAGGAGAGUUUUCUCCGGAGAAAGAAAUGCCACUUCUUGCGGGGCGAUUUAAGUAUACUCAGGUCCUGGCUAGAGGACAAUCAGCCAUAAUCAUCAAAGUCCUGGACACAUUUCACAAAAGCCGACCACUGGCAAUCAAGGUGCUGCAUCGUGUUUAUAAACCCAUUGGAUCUCAAGAGGCCGAUAUUCUGUUGGAACUACACCGAGCUGACCCCUGGUUGCACGUUCCUUUUGCUAGACUUCUGAAUCAGUUUUUGUAUGGUCCUCACUACUGCCUGGUGUUUGAGUACCUGAGCCCAACACCACUUUACACUCACUACGAUCAGCGGGAUAUCAGAGAAGCUACAGCCCUGCCGCACAUCCGUGACUUAACUGUCAAGCUCCUCACCGUCCUGGGUUUCCUCUAUAAACAGAAUGUCAUUCAUGCUGAUCUUAAGCCAGAAAAUAUACUUUUAAGAAGUGAGGAAGACUUGGCGUCACUGAUGGUAGUGGACUUCGGCAAUGCUCUACGGAAUACAGAUGAAGAACUCUCCCUGUAUUAUUCUGACUUUGAGCUGCAGACUCUACUCUACAGGGCACCUGAAGUUAUUUUUGGAAUGAAAUUCAGUUUAGAGGUUGAUAUGUGGAGUUUAGGGUGCCUCCUUGCGGAGUGUUACCUAGGUGAACCACUUUUCAUGGGCAAAUCCAAGAAGGAAAUUUUAAAUAAGAUCACUGCACUGUUAGGCCCAUUUCCUCGGGAAUUUAAUGAUGGGGAAUAUGCCGAGCAGUUUUCAGAUUUUGUAGGUCGUCCCAUGUCUCGAUAUCAGCGUUUGGAAAAUCUCCGCAAGCGAUUAAAUGAUUGUAAAGACUCAAUGUUCCUCAUGCUUGUAGAGAGACUUCUUACCUAUUUACCAGAUCGACGGUUUACUCCUUUUGAAGCAGCGUGUCAUCCAUUUGUGGCCUGCUCUACUCCAUUUUUAUACCUCACACCCUCUCCAGGUUACAUUAGGUACCCAACUGUAUUACUAGAUAUGUCAACUUACCCAUACCUCCCUGGGCUCCCUGAUGAUGACGACGAAGAUUCCGCAUCUGCCCACGGUCGGAAGAGACUAGCGUUGUUUUCUCGUUAUAAGCGUACUACUCCAUCAAAUGCAUCUGGCCAGUCUCUGAAACAAGGACAAAAUGCUGGGCAGAAAGACAAGGACAUGGCAAAUCAAGGACCUAAUGCUGGGUCUGGUCCUAAUGCUGGUGGGCCUAAUGCUGGGUCUGGGCAUAAUGCAGGGUCGGGGGCUCAUGGUGGUAAUCAGUGUGGUGCUGGGCAGGGAGGAAAGACUGCCACACGUUCUGACGUAAAAGAAACGCUCAAGUCAAUGGGGCUAAGAUGUGAAGAUUUUACAAUCAGUGUUUAUUCAAGGGAACAAGCACACGCCAUACUGAGGCGGCAGGGUGUGGAGGUCACACCAAAUAACUUGCCACCGAGGGAUAAAGUUAUGCCAUUCUCUGGAAAAGGAGGCUAUAAAAAUGCUAAAUCAUCUGAAAUGCCAAAAAUUAGCCAUAAUAUGAGACCAGGCAAUACAGUAAAUAGUCGGAAUGCUAUUACACAUUAUGGUAGUGAUAAUGUAGAUGAUGAUGAUGACUGUGUCAUUUUAGACCCGCCUGAUAUGCCCAAGUGUCCACCCAAGCUGCCACACCAAUUUCAGUUAAUGGGCACAACAGUACAAGUAAAUCGUGGCGCUAAACGGCCAAGUAGGCCUAUGGCCAAUCAACCCCAAGCCAAGAGACCAAAUGCCAGACCAUCAAUGUAUUAUCGUAAAGAUCACGAGCAAGAAUAUGGAGCCGAGGCAUCGGUUCAAGAUACGUUGAAAAGACUCAAGAACUACAACAUAUCUAUUACUUGUAGACGAAAUGCAUCAGGAUUAAGACCGCAGGGUAGUAUGGUGGACAGCGAAUCUGAUAUGGAAAAUGAUAGUCACUUGGAUUCUGAUGACGAUGGAGAAGAUAUGACUAAAUAUCUCGAGUGUCAGAUAGGAGAAAUUGAGGAUAUGCAAGAAGAGGAGAUCUUUGAGGACGACCUGGAUAUUGACUGUGAUGAUAAAGAUGAUGUAGAUUAUAACCCUCGUGGAAAGAAGAGAAGGCAAAAGAACAAAUCACCCCGUAAAGGCAAGAAAUCUAGUGAAUCUGGAUCAAUAGGAGGAGACAAAGGUAAAAGUGACUCGGGUGUAGAUGAAAUUCCAGAAAUUGUUCCAAGUGUAGAAAUGGGAGAGCUGAGUGACCAUCCACCAUCAAAUAAUUCUGAAAAUGAAUAUGAUCAUGAUCCUCUUGCAGAUGAAAACUUUGAAAACCAUAAUGAAUUGCAAAACAUAAUGGAGAAUGCUGCCCAAUUAGAGGAAGAUGGCGAGGAUAAUCAUGACACAAACGAAGAAAAUAACAUUGAAGAAAAAACAAGUGAAGAUAAUCCUGUGGAGGAAGACGAAACAGAAGAAAACAUUGAAGAAAAUAGAAUUACAGAGGAGGAUAAUAAAGAAGAUUCUGGAAAUGUUUUAGGAGAAUACAUGGAAACGGAGGAGGCGCCAUCUCCUGCUCCAAAAGAAAGCAGUGCUAAUGAAGAAGAGGAGGAGAUAGAUGAAGAGUUAGAGAAAGAGCUGCUCGGUGGAGAUGUAGGGGAUGGAGAGGAAGGAGAUAUGGAAGACUUGUAAACAUGUGCAGCAUAUUCAGAAUCUUAACAGUCCAAAUAUAUGAACAGAAUUUUGAACAAGGAAGGAUUUUUUUAGCUAUUGGGUGGAAUAUUUUGUAAUAUUCUUUUGCAAAGUGGUGUAGAUAUCCAGCCUGUGAGAUUUGGUUUGUAUGUGAAUUCCAGGAGCAUUUCCUCAUCAGUUUGAAUUAAAGUAAUUAUAAAGUUUUGAUAUGAAUGAUAGUUUGGAAUAGUUGUUUCAAUGUAAAAAUUGCAGCACCUGAGAGUACAAGGAAUAUGAAGAAUUGGAUUUGGCAUGUGACUACUCCAGUGUUCAUUAUCCAAGAUGUUUGGACAGACUUUGAUUAGGGUCUUUCACUUUCUUGUUUUCAGCAUUGGAUCUCAUCAGACCUGGAAUACAUAUAUAAUUCUUGCAAGUUAUGAUAAUAUGAGAUAUUGCAUAGCAUGAUGUGUGUUCAGUUAUUCACAAUUUUAACAAUCUUAAUAUUGUAUUUAAAUCAUUUUUUGUUAUUUUGUGAAAGGUAUGUAAUUUUUUAGCAGUUUAUUCACUGUGUGUGAAGAUGUUAUCAGACAUCAAUGAAAGAGAGGAUAUGGUGGUACAUUUUGUAGAAAACAAAAAAGAGAAGUUAAAAUUA